AUGGCGUGUUACUAUAUUGUCAUCAGCUCUACACACCUUAGCAAUGGCCAUUUCAGAAACAUCAAGGGAGUUUUCCGGGGCCCACUCUGCAAGAAUGGAAGCAAGACGCUGGAUUAUGCUGAAAAGGAAAAAACAAUAACAAAAGCUCUGGAAGAUCUGAAAGCCAACUUCUACUGUGAAUUGUGUGAUAAACAAUAUUAUAAACAUCAGGAGUUCGAUAACCACAUAAACUCCUAUGAUCAUGCUCACAAGCAGAGACUUAAAGAACUGAAGCAGAGGGAGUUUGCCCGCAACGUUGCUUCCAAGUCAAGAAAAGACGAAAAGAAACAGGAAAAAGCACUCAAACGUUUACAUGAGUUAGCGGAGCUCAGAAAGCAAGUGCGCUGUGCCCCAGGGAGUGGCCCAAUGUUCAAAUCAACAACUGUUGCUGUAAAGAAUCCCCCGGCGAAAAUCCAGCAGUGUGCAAGUCUGGACAUUGAAGGAACAUCAACAGAUCCUGAAUGUGGGAUGGCUGCCAGCUCAGCGGAAGCCAACAGAGGAAAGAACAAGCUGUCCGCAAGCAAUUCAGCUGAUAUAUGGAAGCCUGAACAUUGUAAACAGGGCAAGCAAGUCCGUGGAAAGAAAAUAGGAUUCUCCUUUUCCUUUCCCAAAAAAGUCCCUGUUAAAUUGGAAUCAUCGGCAGCAGUGUUUUGUGAGAACAGUGAAGAGGGUGCAAGUAAGAAGAAUGCAAUCCACAAACACAAACUGGGCAGCAAAACCUCUAACACGCAGGCAGGUUCUGGAGCAGAGACUGUUGUUGAUUUGGAAAGCAGUGAGCGUCAACAGCAAAACAAUAGUCACAAUACUGCAGAGACUCCUGUUAAAGAAGCACCACUGAAUUUGGUAAUAACAGAUAAUGACAAUGGUGUAAAGGAGACCAGUGUUUCUUCUAGUGCACCUCAAGUUCAAUGGAAGAACAGACCAAAGCUUCCCGUGUUGGUGCCUGUGCCAUCACUAAAACAGGACAAACAUCAGAAGGAAGAAAAAGACACAGAGCAUGCAGGGUCAAAGAAUUUCAGUCCUAAUGAGGACAAAAGUGAAGAUAUGACCGUGAGCAGCCAAAAGACACCUUCACUCGUGGAAGGUGAAGCAAGCACUCCACCUGAUGAACUAACCCAGAAGGUUAACAUCACUGAAGACUCCCACCAUAAUUUACCUGAAAAUUGUUGUUCUGAAAAUAUAGUGACCGAGACUGCAGGUAUGCAAAGCAAUCCUUGCUUGUGUAGAAGACCAGGUGCCCCUUUCUUUCCUGUGCUCAGUAAAGAUGACUCAACCGUACUUCAGUGGCCUUCGGAGAUGUUACAUUUUACCAAAACUCAACCUUCCAUAACUUUUUGCUGCAACCCCUUAUAUUUUGACUUUAGGUCAUCCAAAGCUAAAGGUUGUGCAGAAGAGAUUAAAUGCAAAUUAAAUGAUCUAGAGGGAACCCAGAGUUCACUAAAAGAAAAAGGUAUGUCCAAUGUUAAUGCUAAAGGGAAUGUCCUCAAUAGCUCUUCUGAUACGAAGCUAGACAGCCCAAGUUUGUGUGCACAAGGUGGUACCUGUAGUGAUGAGAGACAUCGCUCUGUUGAAAGAAGUGAUCUUGGUGAUUGUAAUGAACAAGGGGUUGGAUUAAAGCAUCACCAUGAUGGGGCUGAGCGAGAGAUUAGAGAAAUCAGAGAAAGCAUACCUCAUUGCAAACCUAAAAAAUUGAAAAAGCACAGAAGGUCUUCCAGGCACGUACGACAUAAACGAAGGAAACGGAGAAUUGCAGAACGUUUUAAAAACUGUAAAGGAGAGAGGAAGCAAACAGACUUAUGUAAAAAGUUGAAAAGGAGAAAAGUGUUCAGGGAGUGGAAAGUUAGAAACACAGACGAGGUUAGCGAAGGCUCCAGUACUUCAGGACCAACUCAAUUGACUGACGAAGAACAUGUCACAGACAGUGCCGAAUGCAGAGCUGGGCAAGGAGAAACGAGAGUAGAGGAUUCAGAAGGAAGCCCUGAUCACUUUGAAGUUAAAUUUGAUCAAAGCAAUGACACUUCAGAGAAACUGGAUGGCUUCUGUAAAAAUAAUGAGUGUGACAGUUCAAAAAGAAAUAUUUUGAUAAAUAAGGAUGAUGAUAGAGUAUUUAUUGCAAAUAAUGAGGCAGAAAGAAAGAGAGCAAGUCACGAGAACAAUGAGGAGAUUAAUGAUUUUCCAUCGGGUAAUGGGACAACUGGCUACAGACAACAGAAGCAGUGCUCAUUGGCCAGGAAUUCUGCAGAAGACUCACCACCAUUGUAUAAAAGAAAGGAAAGUAUUCGUGGCAAUGGCAACGAUUCUUUUCCAGACGUGGAGCAUUCCAGUCAACUGAAUGAAGAACAACAUUCUUGCCAGAUCCAUUCAAAGAAGAGAGGCUGUGCCUCUCUGGACUCUGAAGCCAUCAUAUUCUAUCACAAGCGGUGUAAGCAUAGAUAUUCUUCGUCACCAGACAGAGACCAUAAACAAGGCCUUAAUGCAUCAUAUAGGAGUUGGAGUCAGGUGUGUAGUUCCAGUGCAGCCUUCAACCACAAAGGUAGAAAAGAAUCUCACCAACUAAAGCAACAAUCUCAACCCAUGCACACUUUAAAGAGCCAGACAUCAGAGAGAGAAAGAUGUUUAUCACCAGAUGGGUUGCGGCCUUGCUCCACUUCAUUUCAAGAGAACACAUGCAAAGUUUCAGGACCAGAGUGUCCAGGGAAAGAUAUAAAUAUGACAAACACCUCUCCUGUCGUGACGGGGAAAGGUUUCAGUUCGGCGGCCGAUUUGCCAUUUGUAGAUGAUAAUCAUUCAAAGGCAAACAAUCAUCUCCUGAACAGGCCAGUCCCCCAGAUGACAGCAUGUGAUGGGCAUAACCUUGAUGAACAUAUGAAACGUGGUUUUUGGAUUAAUCACAAAGGCCCUUCAGGGGAUAUUUUAUUUCCUAGGCUUUCAUUUGUUGUAGAUGACCAUACCGCCUUGCCUCAUAGUGAGCAAGCACAAAAGCAGGGUUUGUUACAGAAAGAUGCAUUUCCGCAGAAGCAGGCGGACUCAUGUGGGGGUAGCAUUAAGGAUAUUAAGGCAUCUCUAAAUGAAGUCAUUCUCUGCCAUUAUGAAACUGCACGUGAGGAACACGGAGGAAGAACAUGGCUUCAAGAUGGCUCAAAUGUUUCACGCUGCAGUGCCCAGCAAGUCCUGCAGAAUGAUGCAACGGUACUUAUUGGCAAACAACCUCCCAAGUCAGAUCCAGUGUCGAAACCUUUCUCCCCGCUUUCUCAAACAAUAUCCUUCGCACCGGAAGAAAUCGAGAAAUACAGGCAGCUGCAGAUCCAAGCUCAGCAGCACAUUGAGCAGCAGAAGCUGGACAGCAGAGUGAAGUCACCUUCGCCUGCUUCAGCAGCUCCCAUGCAUCGUCCGUCCUCUCGCCAGCAGUCAGUGACAACUGCAUCAAUUACAACCAUUCACCGCACAGUGCUCCAGCAUCACCCAGCCACUGCUGCUGCCCUGGCUGCUGGGUCAUUCAUACAGCCCCAUUUACAGUCUGUUCCACAUGCUCACCUUCUCCCACCACAGGUAGCCCACAUUUCAUUAGCUCCUGCCCUUUAUCCGGGAGGCCCUGCAGCUUUUCUAGCCACUCCACAACUUCACAUCAUCCCGGCUUGUGCCCUCCGUCCAGAUCACUUUGCCCUCCACCCACUGCCAGCUACUACCUUGUUACCCCCAUUACUCACGCUUCACACACCAGCUAUUCCUCUCCACCACUUCCUCAAUUCCACUUUCUCCACCCAGGAUUUUCUGCACCUAACAGGAGCCCCCACGUAA